AUGAUCCCCCCGGACUGCGGACAGCCAAUCAGGAUCCUCUGUGCUCUGCUGCUAGUGUUCCCCCUGCUGGCGGUGCAAGCUCAACAGGAUACACACUUGUUGAGUCAGGUGCUCUUCUGUCAGCCCAGCGAGCCGUCCUCGGGGCUCCUGAAGAUGUUCGAUGAAGAUCAGAUGUUCCACUACAACUUCGAGGAGCACUCCACCUCCGCCUGGCUCAGCGACUUCAACCAAUGGAGCGGCCAGGCCUUCCCUAGCGCAGAGAACAUUUCGUCUGAUCUGGUUUUCUGUAAAACGUUUCGUGAAAAUCUGACUACAGCUCUGGAAGACAUCAUGCCGGAGGCCAGAGGUGGUACACAUGUGGCGGUGUUUACUGCACAUCCCCUCCAUAUCGGGGUGUCCAACACCUUGAUCUGCGCCAUCAGUGACGUGUACCCCCCGGCACUGACCAUCACCUGGAGGAAGGACGGAAAAGUGUUGUCAAGAGAACUGAACUCGUAUAGAUACUUCUCCUUGAAUGACCUGAGCUUCCAGGCCUUCUCCUACCUCAACAUCACCCCCAACUAUGAUGAAACCUAUUCCUGUGACGUGCAGGUGGGGGGUGACCACAGGACCAUAGUCUCCUACUGGGUUCCAGACUUCCCCGUUCCCUCUGAUGUGCUGGAGAACGCCUUGUGCGGUUUGGGUUUCGCUCUCGGCGUGGUCUUCCUCCUCGUGGGUUUCAUGUUCCUCUGUCUCAGUAAAAAACUACAUCAGUUGGAAUGA